UCUAAACUUGACUUUUUUUUCCCUUUUCUAUUUUUGAAGUUGUGAUAACUCGUUUGUGGAAACAUAGACCACGUAACACAUUCCAUUUUGGGUCCUAGUUUUCAUUAGUCUUACCAAGUCAACAUCUUGUUUUUCUAAUUAUGUAACCUUCCCUGGGAUUAGCACACAAAUAAACUAGGGCUAAAAACCCACCAUCCAAUUUUCAGCAUCCACGCUCAGAAAUAAAAACCCACCACCCUGCUCCCUCAUUUCCGACGCAAGGUACGUUCCCCUUUGUCUCUGCUUCCACAACCCUUCUCCGAAUAGAAGAAGUUCAGAGACAAUGGGUUUCAACAAAAGUUACCUUCUUUUCACCGUGUCCCUCUCAUUUCUCCUCCUAUCCACCCAUGCCAUCAGCAGCAUUAUUGCUCCUUCUCCCUCCCCAUUCCCAACCCACACCAACACCAAAACCAAAACCAUAGACUCCAUCUUCAAGAAAGCCCUCUCAAAAACCCAAAACAUGUUAAAAUCACCCAACCCCAAGGUCCUAGACUUCUGCAAAUCCACAGAGAACCCAACCCUCUGCGGCGAUACCAUUGCCCCAUUCUUCCAAGGCUCCUUCUUCGACCCCAUCAAGGCCCUCCUGAACGAAGUUGAAGCCACGCAUAACCAAACCUUGAAGGUCGCCGACGUCAUUGCAAACACACUCAACGACCCCAACACCAACAGAAACGCACGUGAGCCACUCGACAUAUGCAGGUCACGAUACAAAAGCAUUGUUAGUACCAUCAAAGAGGCCGUGGAGUUGCUGAACCAACAGAACGUAGUUGAUGCUUAUUACAAGUUCAGCUCCGUUAUUUCGGACCAGACAACUUGCGAAGACGCGUUUGUGGAAUCACCCGGAGCUCAAUUUCCUUUCCCUGAUGACUCUCUCACUGUGUAUCAGCUUGCUGGCAAUUGCUUGGCCAUCAUGGAUGAGAUAGUUAAUAGUCAUAACCAGUUUUUCUUCGCUUGAUUAAUUGUUUAUUUAUUAUUGAGUACGUACGUGGCAGGAGAAGGUGCAUCCGCAUGCGGUGAUAUUCAUAUAUUUAUUUAUAUCAUCGUUAAGGUUUUUUUUGGUCACGUGUUGUGACGUGGGUGGGACACUAUAAGAGGGCUCAAGGGUUUUGAAUUUUUGUUGUGGGAGGAAAAAUGAUGCUGAGCGUAUAGAGUUAAAUACAUGUAUGUAGGUGUAUGGUUGGAUCAGGAGCUGCAGUACUUCUGCAGUUUUUUUUUUCAUUAAUGGCAGAGGACACGUCUUUUAUAUA